AUGCCCAUUCAUGACAAGGAGUGGCAUUGUCUCAAGGAAACCUUGGCAGCAGCACCGGUCCUGGCGUUUUAUGACCCAAGGUCGAAUGGUCCAGCAGAGAAGGGCGUACAGAUAGUGAAGAGAAUCCUAAAGAAGGCUGUCGGUGCUAAUGAAAGCUUCUUCUUAGGGCUCUUGAACUAUAGGCCUUCUCCCUUAGAAGAUGGACGCUCCCCGAGUGAAAUUUUGAUGGGACGUAGGAUCCGAUCACGCCUUCCGGACUUUACCUCUGACGAUGCAGUGCACGUGUGGAAGCGUAAGCAGAACAUCCACAGGGACAGUCUGUUGCCUCCACUCUCGCUGGCGGACACUGUGCGGUUGCAGCGGUCUGGUUCCUGGGACGUUAAAGCAAGAGUACAGGACCAGUUGGCGCCAAGGUCCUACCGGGUUCUCACCGAAGACGGGAGAGAGGUACGACAGAAUCGCCAGCACCUCCUUCGAACUCCGGAGGUAUUCACCCUUCCUACGGUAGCUCCAGACUACAGCACCGCAAACAAGACCACGGAAGCAGCAACACCUCAAGCAGAGCCAGGUCCCACAUCAAAAGGCCCAGCCGAGGACAACAGCCAGGUACCACCAGUGCAGGAGCCUCAAUUGAGAAGAUCAUCGAGGCAGCGAAGGCCGCCAGAUCGACUAAUGUAUAACUAA